AAAAAAAAAAAAAAAUUUCAAUCUUGUUUCUAAUCAAAUUUUGAGCGUUUCAUACUUAUAUUUCUGUAUGUGAAUCAUAUGGGAUCAUUGCCCAGUAAAAUCUUUAGUGUAACGAAAAUGACGAGUUCUCCAGAGGUACAACAGUUCAUCAAAACUGCCAUUUCUCAAGAUAAAGUGGUGGUGUUUUCCAAAUCUUAUUGUCCCUAUUGUAAUCUAGCUAAAGAUGUUUUCAAUAAGGUUAAACAGCCUAUUAAGGUUUAUGAACUUGAUCAACGCGAUGAUGGCAAUGUCAUUCAGGAUAAUUUGCAACAAAUAACAGGAUUUAGAACUGUACCUCAGGUCUUCAUUAAUGGAAAUUGUGUUGGAGGGGGCAGUGAUGUUCAAAAGUUAUACAGUAGCGGCAAACUAGAACCUAUGUUAAUUGGAUAAUGUGAUCUCCAUCCAUAGCAUUCUAUUUAAAAUAAUGCAGAAUUAUAAAUAAUACAUAUUUAUUAAAGCUUUUAUAGACAAUAUACUUUGAAGAUUCAUAAAAUGAAUAUUUUGUGCAUUAAAUGUUAAGAAGUACAUAAUAAAUAUUAUAAUUAUUGUCAAAAUUAUUUUGAAUUUCUUGUUGCGUGCUAUAUGUACUUAUAAAUUCCGAUGAAGUUUAAUUUAUAUUAGAAAAUUAAUAUAUCAUUUUUAAUAAAUCUCUCAUGUCUA